GGCUGCUGCGGUUUCGUGCGCACUGUAAAGUGGUCACGGGGUGCUGGCAAGGGGGAGGAUUGCCGAGUGAUGUUGUACAGUUCGGGGUUCCACUCCCUCCUCACCACCGCAGAUUCUCGCCGCCGGACGCGACAGGAAGGGAGGAAGCUCACGAGCGUCAGUGAAGCUACAUCAUCGGUGGCCGCCUCCUUGUGAUCGCUUCCUCAUCAUUAACCAUUCAAACUCGUGGCCGGAACAUCACAGUUCAGAUCUCAGAAGCAAAGCAGGAUUGAGCCCAUAUGGUGCUUGGAAGGUUACCAGCAUCCGAGCCAAGUUGUCAUGUGAUGCUUAGAGGGACAUUUUCUGCAUACAAGUUUGUUGGCCACAAAGUGCCGAAAUGUAAUUUUCAAGACAUCCCGAGAGCCAUCGGCACGGCCUCUCACUCACACAAUCUGAGUGUUGCGUGCAGCCGUGCUGGGCGGCGCCGACCGUUGCUGGGGCUGGCGGUGAUGCAGCGCGCCUCCCCUGUUGCCGCCGCCCCCCCGGCACUCACCGCGCCGCGCCGCCGCAUGCUGCUCGGGGUCUUCAUCCUCCUCCUCGUCGACAUCAUCUGGGUCGCCUCCUCUGAGCUCACCUGGUAUGCUUUCCGCACAUUUGAGAAGCCCUUUUUCAGUACAUUUGCCAAGACUUCCAUGUUUGUGGUCUACCUACUUGGGUUCCUGCUCUGGAAGCCAUGGCGCCAGAAGUGCAUGCAGGGGGUCUGCUUGGCGCACAGCGUUCCGUUUAUUGAGACGGAUGUUGGGUGCAUCAGCACCAAAAGCCGCAGUGAAGCCAGCGCUAAUUCCUUGUUGGGUGAACCACUGUACAUGCCCGUGAAUUUUAAUGACUCCAGUGGAGAACAAAGCAGCAGCGUUGAGGGCAAUGAUACAGAAGAUCCUGCAGGCGACGCCAAGAGGCCACGCGUGCGCUUCAGCAAGCUGACGGAGGUGCGGCAGCUGCCGUCGAGGGAUGCGCUGGCUGCCAAGCUGUCGCGCAUGUCCUACUGGGCCGGGAGAGACCACGAGGCGGCCAUACGGGCCGCGGGCAAGCUUCCUGUGGGCCAGGUCGCCAAGAUCAGCCUGCUGCUAUGUUUUGUGUGGUUCAUGGCCAAUUUGUCCUUUCAAACAGCACUGGUAAAAACCCAGGUCGCCAUUGUGAACAUUCUCACCUCUACGUCUGGUCUGUUCACGCUGGUGCUGGCUGGUGUGUUCCCCAGUAACAGCGGAGAUCGCUUCACUCUCUCAAAACUGUUGGCUGUUGGCCUCAGUAUUGGUGGCGAGGUGCUGGUGAGGGUGUCUCUCAGCACACAGCCAGGAGACAAACAAGAGCUUGGCUUCGUGUGCUCUUUGGCGGGCGCGGCACUCUACGCAGUGUACGUGGUGAUUCUCAAGAGGCGGGUAGAGAGGGAGGACAAGGUGGACCUGCCCAUGUUCCUUGGCUUUUUGGGAUUGUUCUGCAUGCUGUUCUUUUGGCCGGCGUUCUUCCUGCUGCAUUACACGGGGCUGGAGCCAUUCGAGCUUCCUAGCCGCACAGUCUGGCUCUGCCUGCUGCUCAACGGCAUUCUGGGCACUGCCAUCACUGAGGCUCUCUGGCUCUGGGGCUGCUUCUUGACGUCAUCGCUCAUGGGAACUCUGGCGCUCAGCCUCACUGUACCCCUGGCUGUCUUAGCCGAUAUUUGCUUCAGGAAGGUGCAGUUCACGUGGCUCUUCUUCCUGGGCUGCACACCCAUCUUCCUGGCAUUCGCGGCAGCGGCAACGCUCUGCCACUACAACAAUUGGGACCCCGCCACAGUGGGCCUACGCCGCAUCUUCGCUUUCCUGUGCCGGCGGCAGCGCAUGCAGAGGACGAGUGACCCCGAGCAGUGUGAGAGCCUCAUCCCCCUGCAGACGGUGCCAGCUCCCGGAGGCAGCCGCGCAUGACGCCAAGUGACGCUCAAACAAUGCUGAUACCUCACCCUAACACUCACGCUGCAGCCACAACUCUCAACUUGGAUGCAGAGCUGUUCCGUGUUAUGUUGGAUGGGCGGAUGGGCAGACGUGCGGGCGGGAGAGGACAAACCAAAAAUAUAUUCCCUCCUCUUGAAGGACUGCUCCAGUAGCAAAAAAUGCCAAAUUAUAUAUAUAGAUAUAAAUGUGCGCGUGUGUGUAUAUAUCUACAGUAUAUAGAAAAAUACUUUCAAUCAAAGUGAGCGACUCGGUGCAUUACCUUCUGAUGAAUAAUAUUCAGCAAGUUAUUUAUUUAACAAUUUAUGUAAACAAUCGAGUCGAGCAGCAAUAACUUCGUAUAUAUAACAUGGUAAAUUAACCUGGAAAUGCUGCUUUUUUUGCCAACUACGAAUUAAAGUUGAGUGGUAAAACAUUGCUGAAGAAUUGAAGAACAUUGACAGUUAAAAAAAUAAAACAUUCUUAGGUAAGUCUCAAAAUACUAUCGUUUUAAGCUUAGUGAAACAAGGUACAGUAUUGUCACCAUUUUUUCUGUUAAGUAUAAGGGUUUUUUUUUUCAUUAGUUUAGCUGGAGCAGCCUUUUAAGACCUGGUACACUGGAAAAGGAGAGCAAAUGGUGCUUAAUCUUUAUGGUAUAUGUUAAUAUUUGUUUGCAGUGUCGAAUAUCUUCCUGGAAAUAUAACUGCGAGAUACAUAAACAAAGAGCCUUUUCGAUGUUUUAACAAUAGAUGUCUUAAUUAUUUUAAAGACUUCAAUCUAGACUGCUUGAUUUAAGCUGUGCAGACUUACCAUAUAAUUGUCAACAUGGCUUUUAUUUUUACGUGAGGUGCUAAUCUGGUUUUACUCUUAUGAAUAUCUGUACAAGUAAAUUUAUACAUCGAUAUAUUAAUACGCUGUGACUAGCACCCAUUGUCACACUGGCAUUUUAGAGUUUGCUUUUGCUUUUUUAAUACUAGCGCAUUGUAAGAUGAAGUGGAAUAACAUCCUCAGGUUUAAAUUUCGAUUUAAAGCUUUCGUGACUGCAGGGAUUCAUCUUCUUGGUUCUUUCGGUAAAGUCACGUAGAAGGGAAAUAAUAAAAUAACAAAAAUAAAACAUAAAACUAUUCUGUCUUUCCGACAGACCUGUUCUUCACCUGAGGAUGGCUACUUGCGUUGUGGCCGAAACGUCGUGAGAAUUGUAUUUUAUUAUGUUUUAUUAUUUUCCUUCUACAUGACUUUACCGAAAGAACCAAGAAGAUCCUCAGGUUUGUAGUGUAUAAUACCAUCACUGCCUGCAGGAGAUGGCACAAUUUCACGUGCAUGUAUUCACGAUUCACAUAACUGUUAAAACAACUGGGAAAUGCGUUCAUGUUAAGAUGAUUCAAGUACCUCCUGAGAAACUGAAGCCAUGUUGAUUACUGCGACAGCAGAGUCCAACGUGUUUUCUCUUUUUGUGAAUAAUUUUGCCGAUGUAAUAAUAUGCUACAUUUGAUGGUUGACAUGCACUCGUUUUUAUUUUUUAAAAGAACCAUGGUAUACUCUUGUACACCAUAGUAUUUUACGUAAUUGUACUUUGUUCACAGUAUACCAUGGAACUUUUAUAUAACGAGGAUUUAUUGUUAAGGUUUACAGGUUUUUUUUUUACAUUUUAUGGGAGCUCAUUAAAGAUGGUGAUGUGCUUUGGCCUUUCACAAUAUAUUCUUAUAAUGGGAUUGUGUUUUUCAAGACUGUUUAUCUCCUGAUACUUUCGUGUUUCUAGAAAUGUGGUGAUAUUUAAUUAGUAGGUGGUGUAUAGCUGAAGGAUGGGGUGCACACACGUUCAAAAGCUUCUGGCUCAAUUUUACCAAAAUUGUGCAAUUAUUUAAAUUAAAUCUGCAUAUCCUCACUCAACACAAAUGAAUGUCGUUAACCUUCCUUUGAACUGCAAGCUGAAUGGAAUGUUGGGAAAACAUGUUCUCGUCUGAGCACACGAGGAGGAGUUUAGUAACUUAAUGACUGGAUAUUUUCAUUUGCUUUGUAAAUAUACUUCUUAAGGUGUUUAAGAUGUCACUGAAUGGUCAGCUUCAGCAAAAGCACAAGUCGGAAUAUUUGUUUGCUUAUAUCCACGAUGCCUUGCUCAUGCUGGUAUGAUCACAGCAUUUGUAAUAUUGUGAUCCACAAUUUUUUAAGUUAAAUAGCAUUCACUGCACUUGGAAUAUGAGAAUUCAACGGUAAAAUGAGCUAAAACCCAGUUAUUUGAUUAAAUGUUCAACACAGAAUGAUGUUCUAAAAGAACAGUCCUUUGUUGAAUACAAACACUGUAAGAUUACAUGUAAUUUAGAUGAUAACAAAACCAAGUUAUUGCUGCUUUUUAACCUAAAAAGUGAUGUUGCUGCAUUGCCUUAAAUUCCUAAAAUUCAGAAGUAAUGUCAUGAAAUGUGACAGACUAUUGUAGGAGUAUGCUGCUGUGAGACAAUGUCCUGUUUACUUCCCCACUAACCCUGUGCUGCAACUUCAUGGAAGAUGCUUGUUGACCGUGAGUCUCAAUCUGGACUUGCCUUGUACCAACCAUGUGGUCUUAUCCGAUUAAUAAUACACAUGUUUCAGAAAGCAGUCUUUAACUGAUUCACAGUAAAAGAGUGGGUUCAACAAGAGCUCUUAUUUUCAUCUCGGUGUGCACAGUUGGCAGCUCAACUAAGUUAUAAAACUAGGAAAGUGGAUGUAUAAGAUGUAACACGGUUUUAGAUCACACUGGCCUGCCUUCCUGACUUAUGGACACCACAAAAUUGUUAACACGAUUCAUGAAAACUUAUAAUUGCUAUUUUAGGUAUCUAGUUUCAGGAAUGGAUUGGUCUCAGUGUGCUGGCCCUGUAGCACAAAGUAACAGCUAUGGACUGGCUGUUAUGAUUAUCGUUAAGGAUAAACCAGUAUAUAUUGCUGCUGUGUUGUAUUGCUUAUUAUCGGCCACAAUUUUAAAUGUAAAUAGAUGUUGUUACUUUGGGUUCAUAAUGCAUGUGAAAAUACAGAAGCUGUGUUUGCAUUCUCUAUUGUGCAGGCAAUUAAGCCCAGUUGGUAAUAAAUUACUAGAUCAGGUAUUUAAAUAUUACAUCAGCAUUGUAAGCAAGCUGGGUAGAAAUGCUUAUAAUCUCCCCAAAGCUUCCAGUCUCUCCCAAAAAUGGUGUUUUACUAAGGUAUUGGAAUGUGCCAUUUUUUUAUUAAAUCUCACUACGUGUUGUUUUGAUGCGUUUUUAUACCUAAUGGCCAUCUUAGGCUUUGGACAAUACCACUGAAAGUAAGCAUACGCUGUUGGGGCAUAACCAUUGUGAGCAAACCGGUACACUGAAAGAUGGGCACAUUUAAUGGUGUGUAGCCAUGUACAUAUUGAAUACAGUAUUGCACACGUUAACAAAUGCACAAAACUGAAGUUCAAAGAUUGAGUCACUGAGCUAGAAAAAAAACGUUAUUCGUUUUGCCCGGAUGAUGGUGGUAGCAUCCAUUGCUUUUUGUGAUACGACUGCCAAUAUUGAAAGCCUGGCUAGAAUUAUCUGGCCUAAUUACAUUCCAGGGUUCUGGACUCGACCCUUAAAGUCAGUGGUUUUCAAUCUCCCUGUGCUCGCCCAUAAAUAAUGAAUGUUUCAAUUUCCAGUAACCACGUUUGUAAAUUCGAUAUUUUAUUAUGGUUCUCAAACAAGAAAAUCAAACAUCACAGCAGCAGUCAUUUAAACAAUGUACUGUAACAUUUUGCAAGGAAUCCUUAAUUUUUUUUUCUCUCGAAUGCAACAUUGAAAAUAUUAUUGAAAUGUGAUUGCUUUAUAACAUUUAAAACUCUUGAACAUUGCCCCUUUAGCAGAAAAGUAUGCGUAAUAUAAUCAAGAAGGUGCCUAUAACAGUGGUAAACUGGACAAAUGAGGCAUUCAUAUUUCGUCAUCUGCAUACCCCAAUGCCUCCAAGGUUUUGAAUGAGCAAUAUCACCAGAUACGUUCUUUUAUAAGCAUUAUUCAAAGUGUACUUAGUGUUGAAAUUUGUUUAUCAGCACUUUCAUAAUAUGCUCCUUUGUCAGUCCGCUGCUGGAUGAAGGCUUCCCCAUGUUGUUGGUUAUGGGGGUUUUUUGGCCAUGGUUGAAUCAAAUAUUACUUUGACACAAAUGUAUAUGAAGCACAGCUGAUGUUUUUCGGCAAGCUGAUGUCACCAACUGGGCACCAACAUUUUCCGAUUGAUAUAUAUUGUAGGCCUAAUUGUUACAUUGAAAUUUUAAUGCAUUGAAUGAUACAUGAAAAUCACAUCAGUUUAUAGACUGAAACAUCUGUGUUGCACAUUGGACAAAUUAUUUUGUGCUGGUAAAAAAAGUGUCUAAAAUAUCUGGAAAAUGGUAAGUAGUGCUUUGAUUGCGUAUACAUGGGUUUAUGUAAACCACUAUGCAGUUUUCUGCUUGCUGUGUGCCUCGCCAUAGGGGAUAUGGAUAUGACACUGGAGAAUGUAACGAUUCACUUCCCAACCCCACCAACAAUGCAAUUCAUCUUGAUAAUUUGGGAUCUUAAGUCAAGUAUAUUUUUAUUAUCUUGUCCAUCUUAUUUUUUCCAGCUCAAUUAUUUUGGUGUACUCUUCGCCUUAAAAAUAAUUGGUAUCUAAUAACUACAUUCUUUACAUUUAUUUUUAGUCAUCAAUUAUUAUAGAUGCUCAAUUCAAUGCACGCACCUUAAAAUUAAGACUUUACUUUAAGCUGUCACUGAAUCGUUAGAUGUUUAACCUCGUCUAAUAAAACUCAACCAAGAAAGUUAACCACCAUCACAGUGGAAGACCAUGGUUCUCAAGUUAAGUGGCCGUUUUGGAAAUAAAAAGAUGAUUUUUAAACUGCUGUUUUUAGUUAUCCGAAACAUUCAUAAUGAAAGAAAUAAAAUGGGAAUUUAUAAAAAAAUAUACAAA